AUGGUAGAUUUCAUUGAUAGUGGCGGGGAACAUUUUACAAUCAAUGUUCUGGAUGCAAGAAACAUCAUUCAUAGGGUAUGGCAGAAGGUAUCAAAAGAAAUAAUUUUAAAUUGUUUUACGCAUGGGGGUUUCUUGGAGAUUGAGGAUCAUUUUGAUCCCGACGAUGACCUGUCAUUAGCGGAUGAAGAAAAUUCAGCAGGAAGACGAUCUUCGAGACCAAUCUUCCUUAUAGUGAAAAUGCAGUUUGUUCAUAUUGAUGACCAAGUUGUGACUGUCGAAUACCUGGAUGAUGAUGCCAUUGUAGUUGCUAUGUCUUCGGCAGUUGAUACUGGUGAUGACGAAGAAAAGGAAAAUAAAGAUGAAGAAUCUGUCGGUAUGGAACUGAUACCAACUCCAACCACAUCAGAAGCACUUCGACAUAUUGACAGCGAUCGUCAUUUUCUUCCUAGCUGA